AUGAAGUCAAACUUGGACUUGGUUGAUGACACUGACAAGUUUCCCUACCCUCCUUUCACUACAGGAUCAUCUACGCUAUUUGAUGUGCCAGAAGGCAUUUACGCCUUAGUCUGGAAAGAUGCCAAUGGCCCUUACCCCAUUGGGUACGUACUUGAUCUAGUCGUGGCAGAGCUGAUAAGGGUCCCCGACAAUGUGAGGGGUGAAAUGGAGGUCGACCAUGUCGGCAAGACUUUGUCACUCUUGCAAUUAGCAUCUGAACCUGAGAGAACGGCAAAGGUAGCCAAACUAACUGCGUAUUGGCGAGAACGCCAAACCUUUAAGCUACUUAAGGGCUGGCGAGACGAGCUCUGGCCUGUCUAUGGGCGCAAUGGCGAGCUUCUCUUCAGUAUGGAGCGAGGUGCUAUGGGAUUACUUGGAACCGUAAGAUAUGGUGUCCACUUGACUGCUUACGUCGUCGAACCUUCGGCACCAUAUGGAAUCUUAAUAUGGGUACCGAAGCGGGCAAAGGAUAAAUCGACCUUCCCUGGGAUGCUUGACAACACUGUUGCUGGCGGCUUAAUGACCGGAGAAGACCCCUUCGAGUGUAUCAUCCGUGAAGCCGAUGAAGAAGCCAGUUUGGCGGAGAAUGUGGUUCGCCAAAAUGCCCGAGGCGUCGGCAUGGUCACUUACAUAUAUGUCACGGAUGAAAAGAAUGUCGGGCAAGCAGACUUUAUUUUUCCAGAGUGUCAGUGGGUUUACGAUCUAGAGCUACCUGUGGAUAUGAUACCGGAACCCAAGGACGGCGAGGUAGAAGAAUUUAAGCUCUGCGAUAUAGACGAGGUGAAGAAGGACCUAGCAGAUGGCAAGUUCAAAGACAAUUGCGCUGUAAUUAUGCUGGACUUUUUUAUUCGCCAUGGAAUCCUAAAAGACGAGGAGGAGCCGCAGCUGAAGACUAUCCAGCAGCGGAUGCAUCGAAAACUACCUUUCCCAGGGCCGCAUCAACCAGACUGGCAGGGCAGUUGA